CAGCAACUGCAUACCGGCGAAAUGCACGGACGCCCAAGACCAGGGCUAGGCAAAGGAGUUUCCAGUAAAAAGAUGCUGUGCCUUUGCUGAUCUGGAACAUGAUUUAUGUUUUUUGCCUUCUCUUUAAAAAAAAACAGGGUUGUACAUCUAACUUCGUCUGAUAGUUAAGAUAAUUGAACACAGUAGGUAGAAAAGGAUCCUUCAAAUAUGGAAGAAGACGCUAAACCUCUCCUAAUCCCUGUUGGAGGUGAUGAAGAUGAUGUUGGAAUCCUCAGUAUUCAGUUUAACCCAGAAGACCUGAAAUGCAAAAGGCCAUUCCAUGUAGAACCCACAAAUAUUGUCAGUGUGAACGAUGAUGUGCAAAGAGUUUCAGAUGAAGCUUCAGCAAUGAAUAAGCGGAUUCACUACUACAGAAGGCUCACUUCACCUUCAGAUAGAACACUGGCAGCUCCCGAUCAUGUACUUCCUGCACCAGAAGAAAUCUAUGUGUAUAGUCCAUUAGGAACUGCUUUCAAAAUAGAUGACUGCACUGAGGGUCAUGGGAAGAACUCAAGCAUAGUAACAAUAUUUAUGAUCUGGAAUACAAUGUUGGGCACAUCUAUAUUAAGUAUUCCAUGGGGAAUAAAACAGGCGGGAUUCACUACUGGAAUUUGUAUUAUUCUGCUAAUGGGCAUAUUGACACUUUACUGCUGCUUCAGAGUUCUGAAGUCAAGGACAAUGAUACCUUCAGUAGAUACCUCAUCUUGGGAAUUCCCAGAUGUUUGCAAGUAUUAUUUUGGAUCCUUUGGACAAUGGUCUAGCCUUUUAUUUUCAAUGGUGUCUCUUAUUGGAGCCAUGGUGGUUUACUGGGUACUCAUGUCCAAUUUCCUUUUCAACACGGGAAGAUGUAUUUAUGAUUAUGUUCAUGGCAUUAAUGUAACAGAUAUUGUUCCUGGAACAAAUGGGACUGACAGAGUACUAUGUCCAGGUGAUGCUGGCUCAGAUGUGCCAGGAAACAAAACUUUUAUGUUUGUUUCUACCAACGGUACAGGAGUUGAGGCGUUUGAAGAGUGGUGGAACAAAUCGAAAACGGUCCCAAUUUACUUGACUGUCAUUCUUCUGCUAUUGAAUUUUAAGUCUCCGUCUUUUUUUGCCAAAUUUAACAUCUUAGGUACCAUUUCUGUCAUUUAUCUAGUUAUCCUUGUUACCAUGAAAGCUGCACGUUUAGGCUUCCACUUAGAAUUUGACUGGUCUCAAACGAGUGCCUAUUUUGUGCCAGAGUUCAGGAUUCUGUUUCCUCAGCUAACAGGGGUGCUGACCCUGGCCUUCUUUAUUCAUAAUUGUGUCAUUACACUGCUUAAGAAUAACAAGGACCAAGAAAACAAUGUCAGAGAUCUUUCCAUUGCCUAUGUUCUGGUGACUUUGACAUACCUCUAUGUUGGGGUGUUAAUCUUUGCUGCUUUCCCAUCACCACCACUGAGCAAAGACUGCAUAGAACAGAAUUUUUUAGACAAUUUCCCCAGCAAUGACAUCAUGCCAUUUCUUGCAAGAAUAUUCCUGCUGUUCCAGAUGGUGACUGUGUAUCCACUGCUUGGCUACUUGGCACGAGUUCAGCUUUUUGGACAUGUCUUUGGAAAUGUUUACCCAAGUUGUUUCCAUGUGCUGCUUUUCAACAUUGCCAUGGUAGGAAUGGGCAUCAUGAUGGCCAGAUUCUAUCCAAAUAUAGGAGGAAUUAUAAGGUACUCCGGAGCCUCUUGUGGUCUGGCUUUUGUAUUCGUGUAUCCAUCGCUCAUCUACAUGAUCGCUUUGCAUCGGGAAAAUCGGCUGACAUGGCUGGCACUAAUCGUUCACGUUUUGAUCGUUGUCUUAGGAGUGGCGAACCUGAUUGCGCAGUUCCUGCUAUGAAAGCAAAUCUUAGGUCGAUUUUGUUCUUUGCAAGAGGUGCUGGGAUUUCAAAAAAGUUACCUUGAGCGAUAGAAUUUGCCCUCCCCUGGGUAUUAACUUAUUCCAAAGAAAAGCUGCACUUUAUAAAAAGAAAAAGAACAGCCUCUUCAAGAAAUGGAUUAUGUACCUUGGGACAUGGUACACCAUGGCAAAUUGAAGAGGCCCAAGUGAAUUCAAGAUGUACAUUUGGGAGUAAUUAAACUUAAUUUCUUUCUGAAGUAAAUGCUUUUUUCCCCACAAAGAAAAGUCAUCUAAGACAUUUUAUAUAGUGAAAAGGUUCGUUUCGGGUCAGUUGUAAGCUGCAUAAUUUUCCUGCAGUAUUACAGAAUUAAAGGAUUUUACUGAUUUUUAAAUAUUCUACACCACAUUUUACACAAUUGUGACAUGAAAACGCUAUGUUGAAAUGGUUAUACCAGUGGUUUGGGCUCUUUACAGUUGAAAUGUUAUGCAGAUUAAAUCCCAGAACAUUACUAAUGGACUUAAAGCUAUAUCUUUGUUCUGAUACCUCUUUGAAAAUGUAACCCACAUUGUACUUGGAAAAAAUGGAUGCUAUUGUCUAAAGCACCUGGACAUAUUUAAGAACAUUUUGGUGGGGUCCUGGGAUAGAUGUGAGGGGAAAUAUGCUUCAACCCCACCCCUUUCUCUACUUGUAUGGUUCAUUGGAAGAUCUAGAAUUGAUUUGAAAAGCUCUGGUGUGUGUAAAAUAAUGGUGAAAUGUCAUAUUUUAAAUUUCAAACUUUGGCAUGCCUGUUGGCAACUGCUCCCUGCUCCCCUCGCAAAGUGCAGCUAUGGAAAUAUCAACACAUUUCCUGGCACAAUUCAAAGUACUGCUUUGACUUUUCAUGCCUAGGCUGAGCAGUUCUAGCAAUCCAAUACGUACCUUCUGCUGGAGCUGGAGAUACGUCGCCACUACACCAGUGCAAUGGCCAUCAAAUCAUAUAUGUGCUCGGCAGGGGAAGGUAUUCAAUACCCAAAAAGAAAAUAUGAAAACAGUGGAAAAACAAGAAACACACACCUGCUGCUCACCGCCACAGCCACCAAGUAGGGACUGUGCCGGCAAUUUUGCCUACAGGUGCUUAUUCACACAGGCAGCCCAAGAUAAUUGGGACACACUUCCUGCAUCAACACAUCCAAGGUGAUGCCAGAGUGCCCCACUCCAGCAGCGCCAUGGCAUAGGGCAUGAUGUAGAAGGUGGGGAAAUGACUCCACUCACCUUCUGCAUGCCUAGCAAAGUAAGUGUCAAUUCAGCCACAAAACAGAGGGAACUCCUAAGCCUCAAACCCAUCUUGCAGACACCACAGUGUUGCUCCCUAAUCACUCAGCCAUGGCAGUAGCUGCAGCAAUGGUGUACAUCAUGGAGCAUUUAUCUAUCCCCUCUUACUCCCAACCCCUAGUUGUAGGUGCCAGGAGCUGCAGGAAGACCCCUGCUCUGGUGGAGCAGCUCAUGUUUUAUGUGCCAGAGUUCCCUGCUUCAAAUUUAGGGAUGAGCCCACAUUAAGAUGGAGAGCUCCCCCCGCCCACCAGCAUAUCAGCAGGAAGGAUGCAUGGUCCACUAGCCUGGCCCCUUCAUGGGCAAAACAGACCUUUUGGCCCCCUCCCUCUGACAUCCUAUGUAACUAAUACACACACACACACACACACACAGCGUGCCACCCAGGCUGCUGGCCCUGUGCCCAUUGUGUUCCCUGACCCACCUCACUCUCUGAGUCCUCUUCUGAGACCAGCUGAAGCCAGGGUGAAUCAUUACCAAAACAAGGUCUCUUUACAUUACCUCCCCCAACUUGAAGUUUUGGAGUUCAGCUCCCAUCAGCCCCAGCCAGCGUGCCCAAUGGUUGGGGAUUAUGGGAGUUUAGGAAGAAACAUCUUGACAGCACCAGGUGGGGGAAGGCUGGAUUAAGGUCAAAAGUAAUGAUGCCUGUUCUAGAUCUCUUCUAGAUCUCUGUGCGUUGUGUUGGACGCUUGUUGCAACAUGAUAGCAUUCCUGCACAUCUCGUGUGUGCUGCUUCCUGCAGGAUUUCUCAAUCUGGAAAUCUCCCAAAGUUGGGAAGUUGUUCGUGUUGCUGCUUUACUCCCUGUCUGGCUACUUUGUGUAAACAUGUAAGAACUCAAGCGUAUGACAGCUGACACCAGUAACAGAAGCCUACAAAAUUAAUCCAUUGUCAGUGAUGCAGUGCAUGUCGGCAAUUCCCCGCCCCCCCCUUCCCGGUCAA